AUCACGAAGUGGCUAUCAUGAUCAAUGCCUGUGUUUGAGUUUCGAAUCUUUUUGCGUAAGUUGUCUCAAUGGUCAAGCUCGGACGUACUGCGGUGCUUGGAUUCCUGCUACUGUCAGCCAUCUUGACGCUGGUUGUCUUCGUGUGGCUUCAUCAGGGUGGUGUCGGAGACUGUGGACCUGCGUACUUUCCAUGCCGGACAAACAAAAAAAACUCUAAGCUUCCAUUGACGAAGUCCACUGAAGCUCCGCCUCUCAUCCGGGAGUGCCCCGGCCAAUUGUUUCAGGCACCGCGUCUGCUGCACUUUUUGAAGGCCAGCGUUUCCGUUCCUGAUGAUGUCCUGCUGGAGCCAUACCUGCAGAGCUGGGAUCAGUUGAUUAUUUUCAUGGAGUCCCUUGGAUCUGUGGUCUCGUUCUUCUCUCAGAAGGUCAAUGAGAAAACUGACUUGAUCCGACAGCUGGCUCGUGCUCAGGAGCCGGACAGUAAGGCAUACCGCUCAGUGCGCUCGAUGGUGGAGGCGGAGCUCCGAGCAGGCACGGUGGACUUUUCCCGUCGCAGCGAUUCGGGCUGCAGGACGCUACUGCGUUUGCAUCGCUCGCUGCUGUGGCUUGCCCUGACGUUGGAUGGCCUGACCCAUGCACCCGACCGGCAUGGGCGCCUCAAGACCCCUGGCCAGAUCUGCAGGGACGCCUACCAGGUGGCACUGGCCCCCCACCACUCUUGGGUUCUUCGUCAAGCGGCGGAGCUAGUCUUCCUCGCCCUCCCUGACCGGGAGUACUUUCUCGAGCUGGUGUGCGCCCGGAGUCAGCAUGAAGCCGAGCCCGUGCUGCGUGUCAUGAUAAAUGCUCUCCAGAGGGUCCAUGGUACCACCCAGCGCAUCCUUCAAGAGCAUUCCAUGCUAGACCUGCCGUAAAGGCGGCCCCAGCUCGGUAUUGUCACGAAGGGACAAAGAACAGCUCCAAUUGGAUGAAGAAUCUCAUUUAUUGAUUAUUAAAUGGACAUGCAGACAGGAAACAUUCACAUGUACAACUGAUUAACAAUCGAUAGCACAUAAACAUCCCUCAUUGCCUUGAUUUGACUGUUGGUAUUCACAGCAUAAGAAGCUGGUCAGUUAACUUUUUCCCCAUCAAUCUUUGGUCGACAAAGCCGGUCAUGGAAUUCUUGGAAGGUUGGGGACUAGCUAGGUUUAGCUGGAGUGAUCAAGGGAUUUGGGAAUAGCGAUGAUAUUACUUAAUUGUGCCAAAAAUAUUCUUCAAAUAUGACCCCAAUGAGCAGCAUAGAAACUCAUGAGGUUACUGUAAAGUCAUGCUGAAUUCAUAUUUAAAACAAAAAAAAAAACAUGCUAAUGAUGUUAGCUG